AUGAGCCACGGCAAACUCGAGGGCGCCACCGAAUACACGGGCCCCAAAGAGAGCGCCAACACGGACCCAACGCCAACAACUGCACGGCUGCCAACACAAACACGAGCCCCAAAGAGAUCACGGGGCCAACACGGCCGCCAACGACUGCGCCGACAACACGGACGCCAAUACAAACUCUGGCCCAAAAGGGAGCCCGGGCGCCAAGACGGACCUAACGCCAACGAGAACGCGGACGCCAACUACUGCAUGGACGCCAACAACGGCAACGGACGCCACAAGAACACGGGUGCCACCGAGAGAACGGGCACCGACACGGAGCUAGAGUCAACGAUACCAAGGACGCCAACGCCAGCACGUGCACCACGAAGACCAGAGACACCAACUAGAACACGGGUGCCACGAAGACUGCACACCAACGCGAACACAGGGACCAAGCACCAUAGGCGCCACAGAUACCACAGGCGGUAA